CCCACAUAACCCAACGCCUAUCCCUAUUAUAAUCAACCAUUUUAUUCUUACAUUUUCUGGGUUAUCUUCAUUUACAUUUUGAUUAUUCCCCUAUAAUACAUCAUUUUCUCCAAGAACUGUUUUGGAAUAAUGUUUGAUUUUUCUUCUUCACAGACCCCACAAACACAAACAACACACGUUCUUCUUCUAUCGUAAUGUUUCUUUAACCAAAAAAAAAGUCAUUCUUUGAUCACACCAAAAAGUUUUCUUUCCUCUUGCUUCUUCUUUUGGGGUUCCAUUAUUUGUUCCCUUCUUGUCUUGCAAUCUUUCUUUUGAUCAUUUCUUGUUCAUUGGGUUUUGGGUUGUUCCAAUCUUGGUUUAAUUUUUCUUCUUUAUAAGUUUUUUUAAUCGUUUUCUUCUGACACCCCCAAUUCUAUGCCCAGACCAAAAUCCUUGUUUGGGUGUCUUGGUAUUAGGGUUUGUUUUUUCUUGUUGGCUUUAUGUCUCACGGGUUUGAAUUAAAAAGAAAAACCCCAUUUUGGGAAAAACAAUACUGUAAAUGGGUUAUGCAGAUUUGGCCUUGUUAACCCAGAAUAGUUUUUAGACCUCGUUCAGUAAUUUUUACAAAUAAUUGGUGUGCAACUUUGCUUGGUUGGUGAAUUUGACUUGAGAUAUGGGUUGUGUUCAUGGGAAGUGUUGUUGUAGAUACCCAAGAUCCUCAGAUGGUGAUAACAGGGAAGAUUUGGGUAGAUAUGCUCAGGUUCAAACACAUAUUCUUGCUGGAAGGUCUGUUGAAAGUGCUCAAGUUCCUUCCCAUAACUUCAGGUUAGAGUAUUCAGUGCUCACGCAACGCGGGUUUUACCCUGAAUCUCCUGAGAAAGAAAAUCAGGAUAGUUAUUGUAUCAGAACACAACUUCAGGGUAAUCCAAAUGUUCAUUUCUUUGGUGUGUUUGAUGGGCAUGGACAGUUUGGUACUGAAUGUUCUGUGUUUGUUAGAGAUAGGCUUGUUGAGAUUUUAUCAAAUGAUCCUACAUUGUUGGAUGACCCUGUUAAGGCUUACAAUUCUGCAUUUUCAAUAACAAAUGAAGAACUUCAUAAUAGUGAUAUUGAUGAUUCCAUGAGUGGGACAACUGCUAUAACUGCUCUUCUUGUUGGAGACAUGUUGUAUGUGGCAAAUGUAGGUGAUUCAAGAGCAGUGAUGGCUGUUAAAGAAGGAAAUAGAGUUGUUGCCAAAGAUUUGUCUUCUGAUCAGACGCCAUUUAGGAAAGAUGAAUGUCAGAGAGUGAAAAGCUGUGGGGCAAGAGUUCUUAGUGUUGAUCAGGUUGAAGGUUUAAAGGAUCCUGAUAUUCAAUCAUGGGGGGAUGAGGAAACAGAAGGAGGUGAUCCACCUAGAUUGUGGGUUCAAAAUGGGAUGUAUCCAGGGACUGCUUUUACACGGAGCGUUGGAGAUAGUACAGCUGAAAGCAUUGGUGUUGUUGCUGUCCCAGAAGUGACAACAGUACAUCUUACAGCUCAUCAUCCUUUCUUUGUAGUUGCAAGUGAUGGUGUCUUUGAGUUCCUCUCCAGCCAAACUGUGGUGGACAUGGUAAAUAGAUGCACAGAUCCUAGGGAUGCAAGUUCAGCCAUCGCUGGAGAAUCUUACAAACUGUGGCUAGAUCAUGAAAAUCGGACAGAUGAUAUAACAAUCAUCAUUGUACAUAUUAAAGCCUUAUCCAAUUCAGGUGGUGGUGCCACACCCAAAAGGAAUGGAGGAAGAACAACGAACACACAGAAAGAAACAUUGGAGAUAUAUUUCACUCCGUGUGCUUCAGAAGGUUAUCGGUCAGUAAGGAGUGAGUUGUCUGAAGUGAGCUGUUGUCAAACUGUUUCAUCGUCAGAUCAGAGCUCCAGAGUAGUAGUUUCAUCUAGCUUGAAUUGAACAAAGAAAAGACUUCCAAGGGUUUCCAUGCAUUUCAACAUAUUUUAGAUGUGCCUGAAACGGUAACUUCCUUCAUUCCAUAGUCAUUGAUGAUUAGAAAUGUACAUAACAAGCCAUGCAUAAGUAGAUGCAAAAACUGAUAGCGUUUAUUAUACCCUUCUACACAUGUGACUGAAUAUGGCAGAUAGCAGGACCUGAGCAGCAUUCAUUUAGCAGUUGAACCUAUGUCCUUUCCUUGUAAAAGAAUCUAGCAGUUUAUGGAUCUAUUGCCCUCUGACUUCAAUUGGUUACUACUCACUUCAGUUACUUCACACUUCACGUUCUCGUGCAUAGCACAUGAAUCAAGUUUACCUGGGUUGUUCUUGAGACUUCCUUGCUGGGGCGUUGCUUCUGUCAAAAGCUUAACACUGAUACGCAUGUACAUGGGUUAGUCAAUAGUUGCAUCUUGCAAUAAAAAGAGCAAACUUUGUACUGUAUUCCAUCUAAACUUGUCAGUUUUAGAAUGACAAUAUUUCUAUCAGGUCAUUUCGACUUGGCUGUGGAAGAACUUAUUGUUGUAUGAAGUAUCAAUCAAGUAUGCCACGCAUGAAAAUUGGUUAAAUUUGUAUAUAAUAGUGUAGUGAUCGUCGUGCAGUGAAUUAGGCAGAACACUUGUGCUGUUCAAGGAAAAACAAGAUUUCUUA